AUGAGGACCGCCGGAGAUCACUGGCAAGCGACUGGAUUUGGCAUAGCUUUUGAGGAGACAUACAAACGUCAGGAAGCCACCUUCUCAAUCGCAUACAAUCUAGCUUUGGGCAUGGAUCACUAUGCUCUAGCCUUCUUUCCCGGCUGGCAGAGAAGAGUCAUCGACAUCGGCGCUCGUCUGCUCGGCGAGCAGCAGUAUGUCGUUGAAGUCCUUGGCCACGAGCUCGGCCAUAUCCUCGGACUUCGACACGAGUUUUGGAAGGACAACAAGGAGCCGGGUAACGCAUAUCAGUACCCAUCUCACAUCCAUGACAACGAGUCCAUCAUGAAUGACCGGAAUGUCGGUGACAUGUCGCGCUUCACCAUCAGCCAGGCGGACAAAGACGCUAUUCGUCAGUUCUACGAUCUGCAUCCCGGCCAGCAUAAGGACAUCUUCAUUCAGGAUCUCAUUCCACGUCCUGCUGUGGAGUAUCUCAGUUUACCUCCUGUCCAGAUUAUACAGCCUAGUGGAUGCGCUCCUGCGACCAGGCGCCAGAGCAUUCCCUGA